AUGACGACCAGCUGCAGCGCGCCGCUCCUCCUCGUGCUCGUGCUCGCGCUGCUGGCCGGCGACGUGCAAGCCGCUCCCUCCCCCGCCGCAGCCGCGCCGGUCGACACGGUGGCGGACUCCUGCGACGCGAUCCGGGACUUCGUGGACUACGCCUUCUGCGCCUCGGCCCUGCGGUCCGGCGGCGGCCCCGGCGCGUCCACGGCGGACCGGCACGCGCACCUCCUCGUGGCGGCCGACCUGGCCGCGGCGCGCGGGGCGUCGGCGCGCGACGCCGCCGACGCGAUGGCGCGCGCGGAGCGGGACCCGGCGGCGCGCGACGGGAUGGAGGCGUGCGGGAUCCUGUACGGGGCGACGUCGGUCCCGGCGCUGCGGUUCUUGCGCGGGUACGCGGCGGCGAGGGCGUGGGACAGGGCGCGGCCGCUGCUGGCGCUCACGGGGCUGGCCGGGAUCGGGUGCGAGGCGGCGCUGGGAGGAGCGACGGAGGCCAAGGGCAGGAUGGCCGAGGCCAACCGGGAGUUCGACCAGCUCUCCACCAUGGCCACCGCGCUGCUCAACAAGGUAGACACCCUAGGCUAG